AUGGAGCUAGAAGAAGAAUCAUCUUCAAUAUUAUUUCCAUCACCUCCACCUCCAGCUUCAUCGAUAAUUAUUCAAGCUGUUGACGAAGGUGAACACGCCGACGUUGGCAUGAGUACUUUUACCGACCUCAGAAAUAUGAUUUGUACUACAAAUGCGAAAUUAGCUUCAGGGAUUACAGGUACAACUCAAAGUUUAAUAACUACUACUAGCAUAACAUCUGAUUCCUGCUUAGAAAUACAAAAUGAUAACGAGGCAAACAUUAAUAACACACCAGUUCCUGCUAACGUUAUGCUGCAGUUGAUUGAACAAACUGAAUAUUUUGAACCGCUCUUUGAAAAAGAAAAUAUUUGCACUUCCCCCACAAAAUGA